AUGUCGCCCGAUCACGGAUCGUCGCGGUCGCGACGGGGAGUUUGGAGCCACUGGGUCCCUCUCGCAGUUACACUUACAGUUGCUACUGUGGGCGUGGCUGCUUGGGUAUGGAGCCAGCGAAAAGACGGAGAUGAUGAAGACGACCACUACGGCUUAGACUACGGCAAUCAAGCUCGCGCAGGUGAUAAUCAAACCCACGGUUCCCGAGAUAUCAAUUCGCGCGAUAUUCAGGGCCCCGAGAAGCCACCACGACCUGAUGGCCAGAGCCAUGGAAUUGCGCCCGCGGACGAAGAUGCGGCCGGCGGAGGCUGGGGCUCGCGCAUGUCUGGUGCUCUACGGCGAACACCGAGCCCGCAGCAGUUCUUUGACUCGACAGGUAAGACUGUGGCGGCUGGUGUCGCAGCUGCGAGUGCAGCUAUGGGCAAGGCUUUGGCUAGCAUUCGCGAGGAGGACAAGAGCCCCUUUGACGAUACCAACCCCUGGCAAGAGGAAGCAGAUGCUAAGAAAGAACGAGCGCCCGCCGAUACGUCGUCACCACUCGUCGGCGGCAAUAGGCGACGCAAGACGGUUGCGAUUGUGGUGUCUGCCGAGACAGGCGCCGUGCCUGAAGAGGAGGAUUCGUUCCACGAGCACGCUUCUAUCCUCUCCCACAUCCCUCGAAACAUCGAUCACUCCAAGGUUAAGCUAUUUGUUCUGAUUUACGCUCCUGGUUUGAAGGAAUCUACUAUGGAUACUGCUACUAGUAACCUUCCGCCAACUUCGCUGAGCUCUUCAUUUUCUAACAUUGGACACGAUCAAGUUCAAACCCCAGCUGAAGAGUCAAAGAACCAGCUUGAAUCCGCAAGCCCUUCUUUUAACUCUAUCUACUCACAGGCUCUAAGUUUGGUCGAAAAGGAGACAAUGGUUCUCCCUUUCACUACACCCAACGGCCACGUUCAUAUCCUGCGACACCUCCAGCCAGAAGUCAUCUACCUCCAGAAGGCUCUCUCUGGUCAGGAUGGCAGCAUCAUCACCACCCUCCAGACCUGGCUUCGACAUGACGUCAUUCUGGUUGUUGGAGCUGAUGGUGGCUCUGGUGGAUUGGCAGAUAGCGAGUCUGAAGCUGAGAGGGCUGGAAAGAGCCAAGAAUGGUGGCAGCGCCCUGAAAGAGUUGGACGAGGACGUGGAGUUGUGGUUGUCGAUAGUAUGAGGCUGAAUGAUGAUUGGGCGCGUCGAGUUCAGGGCCAGGAGUGA